AUGGCGGACGAAACGAGCCAAAUUGGGGUAGUGUUAAUUUGUGGAAUCCCUGCAGCUGGAAAGUCUUCAUUUUCCAAAAAAUUGCACAAAUAUGUGCAUGAAAUCACGGAGGGCUCUUUUCACACGAUAUAUGUGUGUUAUGAUGACUUGAUUCCUUCUGAUUUAGAUUUGUAUAGUUGCAGUAAAGGAAACCCUUCUCAAAACGUUUUGGACAUGGCAACUGAAAACAGGGUUGAAAAAAGCGAAAGUCUUGAUAAUUACUCUUUAUGGAAACAGCACAGGAAAUAUAUACUUGAAGCAGUCGAAAAAAUCAUAAAUUUGAUACAAUCCAGUCCAUGUGAAAAUGGAGAUGAGGGAUGCGGAUCAGAACCUAAGGCAGUUGAAGUAAAGAGCGAAGGACUACCUGGCUUUCAAGAGUUUUGGGACAAUUUUCUAGGGAGUAUAUCUAGGAAAGAAAGAAAGUGUUCCUGCAUCGAGAGAGGCUCAAGUAGCUGGAGGUGGACUGGUACUGCUCAUGUUAUGUUAGUGGAUGACAAUAUGUUUUAUCACAGUAUGCGGUAUGAGUAUGUCCAGCUAGCAAGAAAAUACAGAACUGGGUUUGCAGAGGUGUUCUUGCAGUGUUCUCUUGAAAUUGCGGAGAAGAGAAACAGCUCAAGGAGCCAUCCAGUGUCCUCAGACACCAUGAAGAAUAUGUUUAGUAAAAUGGAACCUCCUGAGCCUGAUAAGUUUCCUUGGGAGCAGUUCAGUGUCACAAUUAAAUCUGAAGAACAGUGGGAUAUUAAAAUAAUGGAAAGUGUGACUUGCCUUAUUAGAGAAGCUUUGAAGCACCCAGAGAUAAUAUCAGUGGAGGACUUUGAGGAGAAGGAAAGGUCAAGAAUGGCCUGCAUAACAAGUAUUGUUUAUCAGACUGACCAGGUGCUCAGAAAAUAUGUCACCAGGGCCAUCACUGAGGCAAAAGGGAGUGGAAAGGGGAAAAAAGAGCUUCAGUCAUUGGCAGCUGAGUUCAACAAGCAGAAGAAGGAAUUUCUAGACAGUUUACACAGCAUCAAGAGCCAUUCUAAAUGCAGCAGAAAAUACAAGAGGACUCUAGGUCCUAAACAACACUUCCCUGGAGAUCACACAGAGUUCACAAGGGACGAUUCAAGUGAAAGAACACUUAACACAGCUUGCAAGGAAUCAGUUUUAACUGAUGAAAAGAAAAUUGGUCUUGUUCAAGGAAGUACUCCAUGUUUUGAAAACAAUGUGGCUGGAAAGUCAAAAAUUGGGGAUUCUAGAUCACACUUUUGUCUCAAUUGCUUUCCAGAUGUUGAAGAUAAAGAAGAAUUUAAGUCAUUUGUGCAAGAAUUAUUCAGUGAAAUUACUCAAUCAUAGGACUGUACUUUAUUAACAACAGACAGGGAAUAAAUAUGCAAAUUAUAGAAUUCUCACAGUAAAUAUUAAGCUACUAGUGUUAUGCUAGAAGUUAAUUACUACUUAUUAGUUAAGUCUUACUAAAAAUAGUGGAUUUACAAUGUUGCCAGAUUAACUUACUGCUUCUCGUCAAAACCUUGUGAUUGUCAAGAUUUGUGGUGUACUUCAGGGUAAAGAAAACUAAAAACUAAAGUCAACAAAUGACAGAACUUUUAUUCCUAGGAAAAAUCAAUUUGUCAUAUCACUUUUUGGUUUGACAAAAAGAGGCCCUUUGGUUUUCAUUUUAUUUCAAUUUAAUCUUCUUAUAAAUUGGCUAAUAGUUAUUUUGAGCUCUAACAGAUGCUUAUGAGAUGUUUUAUUAUAUGCAAGUUACAUUAUAUGACUGUCUACCUUGAUGGCAGUAUACCAGCUAGAGUUGGGUACCGGUACCAUUCCUAACUUAAAACUUUUAAUUUAUCAUUUGUAUUUACCUGCAACAUGGGCUCCUUUUCUACUGGAUCAAAUUAUUAAUUUAUCAAUUGAAAUAAAACCAGUGAGUUUGUUGGGUUCCACAGUAAAACAAUCAAGAAUUUGUGAGAACUCAACUUGGGAGCAAUUAGAAAGCAACACUGGAAAAAGACGCAGUGCUGAUUGAUUGAAAAAAAUGUGCUUCAAGUUAACAUCAUAACAUCCAAUAAUAGCUUGAAAUUUUAGGUUAUGCAUUCAUUUGUUUCUCAAACUCAACUAAGUAUACUUUUAGGCCUGCCUUCUUUCUGCACUAGAAGCUUUCACUUUUCAUCAAAACAUACGUGUAGCGAUUAAUUAAACCUGUUGCUACAAACAUUCAUACCCCAGUUACUCUAAGGAAUAUCAAUUAUUAUUGAUAGGACUAUCUAUUAACAAUAGACAACCCCAUUCACCCUCUUAAUUGUAAGAACUUUUGAUGGCUGGUUGGCUCUCUUCCCAACAAAAUUACAUUUGAGCCCCAAUUGGGGAUUUACACUGCAUGUGCCUGAUAUCUAUUAAAAAACUAAAAAUAUGAA